UGUACGAAUAUUCCCAUUUCCUCAAUAUUCCACGCUUACGUGUCACCUUUCCACGCGUCCCACUUCCACACUUCCUAUUUUCUCCAUCACCGUCAGUGACUGUUGAGUAAUUCGUACACCUGCGCAACACAGAAUCGAUCUCCUACAUCCUCUUUAAAAAAUACGCGUGUUUUCGGCGCGCAUAUGUUUGCUUCAGAUUCGUCGCCGAUCUUUCCUCUCCGUGUUGUUUUUAUUUCAUCAAAAUAGAUUCCUUUUUCCUGCAAAAUUUAAAUUUUAUCACGUCUGCAUGUACGGAUUAUUAUACACCCAUUUCAAAAGCAAACAUUUCUUCUGCAAAAGAAAACUCCACUUUGACUAUCUCCUUUAUCAACAAAAAAGUUUGCAUUUGUUUCCUAUUGGGAAAUUCUUAGAAGUGUUUUUGUAGUUGAUAAGUAACUUUCUUGGGUCCUUUCGUUUAUUCAUUUUAUAAAAGCCUUGUGGAUAGGAUGUAUAGUGGUGGAGGAGGAGGAGGGGAGAGGGGGUAUGGAUAUGAAAAUGGUGGGGUGGUGAUGACAAGGGACACAAAGCCAAGAUUGAGGUGGACUCCUGAUCUACAUGAUCGUUUUGUUGAUGCCGUCACUAAGCUUGGUGGACCUGAUAAAGCAACACCCAAAUCAGUACUAUUAAGGUUAAUGGGCUUGAAGGGCUUGACACUAUACCAUUUGAAGAGUCAUUUGCAGAAGUAUAGACUUGGACAGCAGGCCAAGAAGCAAAAUGCAGCAGAACAGAACAGAGAGAAUAUUGGGGAGUCCUGCGGACAAUGCAGGGGUAGGUGCAUGGAAUAUGGCUGUUGGUUAUACUAUAAAAGAAACCAUAUUCUUGCUAAUAGAUGCUUAUAUCUGAACAGAGAAGUUCCAAUCAGCCAGGCACUGAUUUCUCAGAUUGAAGUCCAGAAAAGAUUACAUGAGCAGCUUGAGGUUCAACAAAAAUUACAAAUGAGAAUAGAGGCACAGGGCAAGUACUUGCAAGCAAUAAUGGAUAAAGCUCAGAAGAGUCUGUCCACUGAUAUGAACUCUCCUAGUGCUGUAGAAGCAACAAGAGCUCAGCUUACAAAUUUCAAUUUAGCUGUGUCAACUUUAAUGGAUUGCAUGCAUGGAGACAAUCGCGAUGAAACCGUUGCAGGUAAAAGGGCACAUGAUGAUACUAAUAAAGCUCUACCAAUGUCUACAUACUUAAAUGAGGAGGAACAAAAGAAUAAUAUGAAGAUCAAGCUUGAAGAAGCUUCCAUUAGCUUUGAUCUCAACUCCAGAAGUAGCUAUGACUUUAUUGGCAUGAAUUCAGCUACAUUGGAAGCCAAACCACUUUCAAAUGGAAGAUUGGAAAUAUAAUGUCUUACUAGUUUUUUUCUGAUCAUACAAGGUCUAGAGUUCUGUAUUUUACUCAAAAAAGUGCUACAGUAUAACUUGUUACAUGAGCUCCUGUUCAAGAUAUAUUGUUAUUUGUCUA